CACCGCUAGAGAUACACAGACUUAAUUACACCACGGGAUAAGUAGGGCUGCGCCAAUGAAGGACAAAGUUGACAGGAAAAAAAAAUUCACGUAGUGGCAGCAAUAAAUACAGGAAUCAUACCUUUAAGAAACACAUCUCAAAUCAGUCACUGGGACAUGGGAAGUUCCUUCUUCUUUGCUGGCACUGUUAUUACCACCAUAGGCUUUGGGAACAUCUCGCCACGUACAGAAGGUGGAAAGAUAUUCUGUAUCAUCUAUGCCUUAUUGGGAAUUCCUCUGUUUGGUUUUCUGUUGGCUGGAGUUGGAGAUCAACUAGGGACCAUAUUUGGAAAAGGAAUUGCCAAAGUAGAAGAUACAUUUGUUAAAUGGAAUGUAAGCCAGACAAAGAUUCGCAUCAUAUCAACAAUAAUAUUCAUAUUGUUUGGCUGUGUGCUGUUUGUUGCUCUUCCUGCCGUAAUAUUCAAGCAUAUAGAAGGCUGGAGCACACUAGAUGCAAUUUAUUUUGUAGUUAUCACUUUAACUACCAUUGGAUUUGGUGACUAUGUUGCAGGGGGAUCAGACAUUGAAUACCUUGAUUUUUACAAGCCAGUGGUAUGGUUUUGGAUCCUUGUAGGACUUGCUUAUUUUGCUGCUGUCCUGAGCAUGAUUGGAGACUGGCUAAGAGUCAUAUCAAAAAAGACAAAGGAAGAGGUGGGAGAGUUCAGAGCUCACGCUGCCGAAUGGACAGCCAAUGUCACGGCAGAGUUCAAAGAAACCCGCAGGCGUCUAAGUGUGGAGAUUUAUGACAAGUUUCAACGGGCUACCUCCAUCAAAAGGAAGCUCUCUGCAGAACUCGCUGUCAACCACAGUCAAGAUCUGACCCCUUGCAAGAGAACCCUGUCAGUCAACCACCUCACCAGCGAGAAGGACAUCUUGCCCGCUCUAACAAAGACAGACAGCAUUUAUAUGAAUGGUUUGACUCCUCACUGUGCGGCAGAAGAUAUUGCUGUGAUUGAAAACAUUAAGUAGUGCUGACUUUGGAUGCCGAUCCUUGGAGAAACUCUUGGCUUAAACUAGCCAUAUACUUCCUUUUUUUCCUAUCCAUGAUUGAUGCUAGUAGCAUUUUAUACAUGUGCAUGAGUUCAACAGAAACCACCACGAUAGGGAUUCAGUGUCACCAUCAUGUCUCUUCAGACACAAGAUGAAUGGAAUUUCUGUUGCUGAUAGAUGCUGGAGCAAGCAACAUCCAAUGCCUUUUUGUGCUCAGACUGUUGUUCAUUUCUCCUAAUGUGCCAUAUGGCCUAACGAAUGAAUUAUAUUUGUUUAUGUUAACAAUGUAGCUUUGAGGGAUCAGUCCUUAAAUUUUCAGGGUCUACCUUACUGAGCCUAGGAAUGGACCAUUUAUGGACUACAACACAUUUGUAAAUGGCAAGAAAUUCUUAUGCAGCCUUUUACCUAAGAAAUUUUUGUCAGUGCCUUAUCUUUUGAAGAAACAGAACCUCUAUAACUCUUGUAUGGUUUGUGUCUGUUUGUUUAUUUGUUUUUUGCAUGAGUAAUGUAUUUCAUUUGAGCUUUCAUCUUGCCUGAAAUGAUGACGUUUUAAAGGUGUCUUUAGUGAAGAUACCAGCUUUGAGAAUGGAUGCCAAAAAUCAACAGACAUCAAAGCCACACUCCUAAAUCUAGCUUUAAAGGCACUGCAGUUACAAGAGUUGCAAAAAUGUCCCCUGAAAAUAUUUAUUUUACUCCCAUCCAGGUGAUGCAUGCUCACACUAUAUUAGAACCAGACCUGUAGAAUUUAUGGAUCCAUUUUGAGUUUUAUUUUUCAAACAUUGUUCAGCAAUGUUAUCCCAUGUGUCAGAUUACCAAAAAUCUCCAGUUAUGUGUAAUUUUAUUUGCUAGAUGACAAGAGCAAGUAGAAGUUAAUACUAUGUGGAAAUGUUUUAAAUUGAUGCAUUCUAAUAACCAUACUCAUGAAAACAUUACAGAAAAAUACCACAGCAAUUUCUAAUAAUCAUAAAUCUGCUGCCAGAAAGUUAAUCUAUGAAAAGAAUUUUAAACUUUUUAUUUAAGCCAAGUCACACCAGGCACCUACUGGAUCCUACUGGAUCUUUCUGAAUGUCACACUGUACAUUGGUUGCCUACACCGGAACUGUGACUGAUGUGGGAAUGCAAUUGAAACUGGUAUCACUGUGACUUUCUACAUAUAAACUACAGACUUCUCUGAAUACAAAUACAGACAUGAAGGAAAGCUGAUAAAUAGCACAAUCUGAAUGCUGAUGAUUGUUCAGAUAAGACAGGCUGAUGAUACGCAGAUCUGAAACCAAUCCUUGGGGUUUCUGUGUUUGUUUUAAAGAAAAGCAUUGACUUUAAUUCUAUAUCUGUUGUUUUGUUUAUAGUUGUGUGUGAGAUUCAGAAGGAAUGCAGGAUAAAAACAAGGAAUGGAUAAUUUUGUCUUUUUAAAAUUUUUUCAUAUUUUAGUCUAUCGUAAGCUGGCUGUACAUAAAAUGAAUAUAACAAGCCCUAAGGGAAUAAUUUAGGCUCUGUGCAAAUUAAAGAAAAAUUAGACUUUGUUGAUUGGCCAUGAUGAAAAUGACAAAUUUGUAGCAUUUCUGACCAUUAGAUAACAUACAAAAUAUGAAUGUUAAUGUUCUGGAUGCUUAAUCUUGUUCUCUGAGUAAUCAACGCUAUCAGUGUAAAUAUCAGUCAAUUAACAUUUACAGAGAGUAAGCUUUUAAAAUAAGGAAAGUUCCGUGAAAUAGUACCAGGCCAUGCUCUUUUACAAGAAAAAGACCCCUGUCUCUCCCAGCACAGUGUUCUGAAUGUCCACGUGGUGAGAAGCUCUUCUUGCCAUGUAUAAACUGUG